AUGUCUUCGCCGAAGGAUUUGCCGAAACCGCUGACCAACCCGUUGGCCGCCGAACUCACGGCCGAACACCAGCUGAAGAAGACGCAGACGGAGGAGAAAGUGGUGCUGCCGUCGGCCGAAGAGAUCGCGAGCGAGAAGUCGCAGCAGCGGCUCUUCCAGUCGAUCGAGGCGUUCGACGAGAAGUGUCUGAAGAAACAGGAAACUGUGGAGAAACAGGUGUUGCCGACGGCUGAAGACAUAAAGGCGGAGAAACCUUUGAUUUAA